UCCCCCGCCCCCGCGCGGGCUUUCCUCUGGCCAGUCGCGCGUGGGUUGAGGCCCCCGGCGGGCGUUGCGAAGGUUUGUUUGCCAGAGAGCGGUCCCCGCCGCACUUCGGAGUUCCCUUCUUCAGUGAGGGGAGAAGAGGGUGCAGACAUACUAGGUGAAUGGGCUGUCGCGUGGGCUGCUAAGGCCAGGCUGGAGAGCGCGGCGGCCGGGGCCGCCACCAUGAACUCACCGGUGGACCCCGGCGCUAGGCAGGCGCUGAAGAAGAAGCCGCCCGAACGGACGCCAGAGGACUUAAAUACUAUUUAUUCUUAUCUUCAUGGAAUGGAAAUAUUAUCAAAUCUCAGGGAACAUCAGCUUAGAUUAAUGUCUGCAAGAGCACGCUAUGAGAGAUACAGCGGCAAUCAAGUUCUUUUUUGUUCAGAAACUAUUGCCAGAUGUUGGUAUAUCCUGCUUUCUGGAUCUGUGCUUAUGAAAGACUCCAUGGUCUUGCCUCCUUGCAGUUUUGGUAAGCAGUUUGGAGGAAAAAGAGGAUGUGAUUGUCUUGUAUUAGAGCCUUCAGAAAUGAUUGUGGUAGAGAAUUCCAAAGAUAAUGAAGAUAGUAUUUUACAAAGAGAAAUUCCUGCCAGACAAUCUCGAAGAAGGUUUCGGAAAAUUAACUAUAAAGGAGAACGCCAAACCAUUACUGAUGAUGUGGACACUAACAGCUAUCUUUCUCUUCCAGCCGAUCUUACCAAGAUGCACAUCGCUGACAACCCUCACCCACAGGUGACUCAUGUGUCUUCUAGUCAGUCUGGUUGUAGCAUUGCCAGUGACUCUGGGAGCAGCAGUUUAUCUGAUAUCUAUCAGGCUACCGAAAGUGAGGUAGGAGAUGUAGAUUUAACACGUCUUCCAGAAGGACCUGUUGAUUCUGAAGAUGAAGAGGAGGAGGAUGAAGAGAUUGAUCGAACAGAUCCACUGCAGGGACGAGAUCUUGUUCGAGAAUGUCUGGAAAAAGAACCUGCAGACAAAACUGAUGAUGACAUUGAACAAUUACUGGAGUUUAUGCACCAGCUUCCGGCUUUUGCAAACAUGACCAUGUCUGUAAGGAGAGAACUCUGCUCAGUGAUGAUUUUUGAAGUGGUAGAGCAGGCUGGAGCUGUUAUUCUUGAAGAUGGGCAAGAGCUUGACUCGUGGUAUGUUAUUUUAAACGGCACUGUAGAAAUUAGUCAUCCAGAUGGAAAAGUUGAAAAUCUCUUUAUGGGAAAUAGUUUUGGAAUUACUCCCACUCUGGAUAAGCAGUACAUGCGUGGAGUUGUUAGGACUAAAGUAGAUGAUUGUCAGUUUGUUUGCAUAGCCCAGCAGGAUUAUUGGAGAAUUUUAAAUCAUGUGGAAAAAAAUACCCAUAAAGUUGAAGAAGAGGGAGAAAUUGUUAUGGUACAUGAGCACCGUGAACUAGAUCGAAGUGGAACCAGGAAAGGACACAUUGUCAUCAAGGCAACACCUGAGCGUCUCAUCAUGCAUUUAAUAGAAGAACAUUCCAUUGUGGACCCAACUUACAUAGAAGAUUUCCUAUUAACUUAUAGAACAUUUCUUGAAAGUCCUUUGGAUGUCGGGAUCAAACUGCUGGAAUGGUUUAAAAUUGACAGCUUAAGGGAUAAGGUAACACGGAUUGUAUUAUUAUGGGUAAAUAAUCAUUUUAAUGAUUUUGAAGGUGAUCCUGCUAUGACUCGAUUUCUGGAGGAAUUUGAAAAAAAUCUGGAAGAUACAAAAAUGAAUGGUCAUCUCCGGUUAUUGAAUAUUGCCUGUGCUGCAAAGGCUAAGUGGAGACAGGUUGUGCUGCAAAAGGCUUCCCGAGAGUCCCCUCUGCAUUUCAGCCUUAAUGGAGGGAGCGAGAAGGGAUUUGGUAUUUUUGUUGAAUGUGUGGAACCAAGUAGCAAAGCUGCUGAUGUGGGACUGAAACGUGGUGAUCAGAUAAUGGAAGUAAAUGGACAAAACUUUGAGAAUAUAACAUUUGUGAAAGCCCUUGAAAUUUUGAGGAAUAAUACUCAUCUUGCACUUACUGUAAAGACCAACAUUUUUGUGUUCAAAGAGUUACUUAGUAGGACUGAACAGGAGAAAUCUGGUAUUCCUCAUAUUCCCAAAAUUGCUGAAAAAAAAAGUAAUCGGCACUCAAUUCAAGAUGUACCAGGAGAUAUUGAACAGACAACACAGGAGAAAGGAAAUAAGAAAGUAAAAGCAAAUACUGUUUCUGGUGGAAGAAAUAAAAUCAGAAAAAUUUUGGAUAAAACAAGAUUUAGUAUCUUGCCUCCAAAACUAUUUAGCGAUGGAGGCCUGAGCCACUCACAAGACGACAGCAUUGUGGGAACAAGACACUGUAGGCACAGUCUGGCUAUAAUGCCUAUCCCUGGAACACUGUCAUCCAGCAGCCCUGAUCUCCUGCAGCCUACCACCAGCAUGUUGGAUUUUUCUAAUCCGUCAGAUAUUCCUGAUCAAGUUAUAAGAGUUUUCAAAGCAGAUCAACAAAGUUGCUACAUUAUCAUCAGUAAAGACACUACAGCUAAAGAAGUUGUUUGUCAUGCUAUUCAUGAAUUCGGUUUGACUGGAACAUCUGAUACAUAUUCUCUCUGUGAAGUUUCUGUUACUCCUGAAGGUGUCAUAAAACAGAGAAGACUUCCAGACCAGUUCUCCAAAUUAGCUGAUAGAAUUCAGCUCAAUGGAAGGUAUUAUUUAAAAAACAACAUGGAAACAGAAACCCUGUGUUCAGAUGAAGAUGCUCAAGAACUAGUUAAGGAAAGCCAACUGUCUAUGCUGCAGCUCAGUACUAUUGAGGUGGCCACUCAGCUUUCAAUGAGGGACUUUGAUUUAUUUCGUAAUAUUGAGCCUACUGAAUAUAUUGAUGACCUUUUUAAGUUAGAUUCCAAAACAGGAAAUACUCACUUGAAAGAAUUUGAGGACAUUGUAAACCAAGAGACAUUCUGGGUUGCCUCAGAGAUUUUAACCGAAUCAAAUCAGCUCAAACGAAUGAAGAUUAUUAAGCAUUUUAUUAAAAUUGCACUUCAUUGUCGAGAAUGUAAGAACUUCAAUUCCAUGUUUGCAAUAAUAAGUGGCUUGAAUCUGGCAUCUGUAGCACGACUCAGAGGUACUUGGGAAAAGCUACCAAGCAAGUAUGAGAAACACCUCCAUGAUCUACAAGACCUUUUUGAUCCAUCUAGAAACAUGGCAAAAUACAGAAAUAUUCUUAGUAGUCAGAGCAUGCAGCCUCCAAUUAUUCCACUCUUCCCUGUUGUCAAGAAAGACAUGACAUUUCUACAUGAAGGAAAUGAUUCCAAAGUAGAUGGCUUAGUAAAUUUCGAGAAGCUAAGAAUGAUUGCCAAGGAAAUUCGUCAAGUUGUUCGAAUGACUUCAGCUAACAUGGACCCAGCCAUGAUGUUCCGACAGAGGAAGAAGAGGUGGCGGAGUCUGGGGUCACUGAGUCAAGGCAGCACAAAUUCCAAUAUGUUGGAUGUUCAGGGAACUGGUCACAAAAAAAGGGCACGACGUAGCUCUCUGCUUAAUGCCAAGAAGCUAUAUGAGGAUGCCCAAAUGGCAAGGAAAGUGAAGCAGUAUCUUUCCAGUCUAGCUGUAGAGACGGAUGAGGAAAAGUUCCAGAAGAUGUCGUUGCAGUGGGAGCCUGCAUAUGGUACCUUGACCAAGAAUUUAAGUGAGAAAAGAACACUCAAAUCAUCAGAAAUGUCUCCAGUACCUAUGAGGUCAGCUGGCCAAACAGCAAAAGCCCAUUUGCAUCAGCCCCACAGAGUAAGCCAGGUGCUUCAGGUGCCAGCUGUUAAUUUGCACCCCAUCAGGAAGAAGGGACAAACAAAAGACCCUGCCACGUUGAGUACAGGUUUACCUCAGAAACUUCCAGGAGCAACCGAAGAAUUAAGUGGUAAGAAACAUACAGAAGACACUAUUUCUGUGGCAUCAUCCUUACAUUCUAGCCCUCCUGCGUCUCCCCAGGGUUCCCCUCGCAAAGGUUAUACACUUAUACCAUCAGCUAAGUCUGACAACUUGUCUGACUCCAGCCAUAGUGAGAUUUCUUCACGGUCCAGUAUUGUGAGCAAUUGUUCUGUCGACUCCAUGUCUGCAGCUCUACAGGAUGAACGGUGUUCCUCUCAGUCUGUGGCAGUCCCUGAAACCACGGGGGCAUUGGAAAAGACAGAGCACUCUUCAGGAAUAGGAGACCAUAGUCAGCUUGUUCCUGGGUGGACAUUCUCAAAGCCACCGCUAAUCAAGAGUUUAGCCGUCUCAUCUUCUAUGAGCAAUGAAGAGAUUUCUCAUGAGCAUAUCAUUAUAGAAGCAGCCGAUAGUGGUCGUGGAAGUUGGACUUCCUGUUCAAGCAGCUCCCAUGACAACUUCCAGAGCCUUCCAAACCCAAAAGGCUGGGAUUUUUUGAACUCUUACCGACAUACCCAUUUGGAUGGUCCCAUAGCUGAAGUUGAACCCACCGACUGUGAGCCGUAUUCCUGCCCUAGAGGCUGCUCUCGGACUUCUGGCCAGUGUAAAGGAAGCCUAGAGACUACUCACAUGAGACAGAGUUGGGCUUCCUCCAGUUCUCUGUCUGACACGUAUGAACCAAACUAUGGGACAGUUAAACGGAAAGUGUUGGAGAGCUCCCCAGCUGAGUCAUCUGAAGCCUUGGACCCCAAGGAUGGCACUGACCCAGUUUAUAAAACUGUUACUUCAAGUACAGAAAAGGGCUUGAUUGUGUACUGUGUCACCUCACCCAAGAAGGAGGAUAGGUAUAGGGAGCCACCUCCCACUCCUCCAGGAUACAUGGGGAUUUCUUUAGCAGACCUAAAGGAAGGACCCCACCUACACCUAAAACCUCCAGAUUACAGUGUGGCAGUGCAGAGGUCAAAGAUGAUGCACGGCAGCCUCUCUAGACUGCCACCAGCUUGUCUCAGUAGCAGCCCUGUGGCCUGUGUUCCAUCGAAGACUGUAACUCAGCCUCAGAGGCAUGAUUUGCAGCCAUCCCAUCCUAAACUAGCAGACGUGACUGACGCAGAUAGCGAAGCAGAUGAAAAUGAACAGGUUUCGGCAGUCUAGCCUUUGAAUGAUCCACUUGAAGUCUACUGAAAGUCAUGGAAGAAGGAGUGGGCAGAACAAGUCAUGAUUCUACAGGCCAUUGCCAACAAAGAGCUCGCUGCUGCUGCUGCUGUUGCUGCUAACCAGAGGUGUCGUUCCCUGUGCUCUGAGCACUGAGAUAGCCCUGAAUCAUGCUUCCUUUCAUUUAAUUCCUGCAGAUACAUAGUUCCUCAGCUAUGGAUGUUGUGCCUGAAUACCAGUCUUCACUGCACACCAGACCUGCCUUGGGACCACAGUUACUAGAACAAAUUCAGACUCGAAUCCUCCCCAUGUAUGUCACUGUAAAUUUUCCUUUAACAAGUUAUUUUUAAGGUAGUGUAGUAGUAGAUUUCCAAGCCAUAGCUUGGAUUAACAGACAAAUUCAGAAUGUCUGCCAAUAUCAAGGAUAUUUUUAUGUAUUUGAAAAAAUAAUUUAUUAUUUGAAGUUCUAUGGUUUUGUUUGUAUUUGGGAGCUCUUGUUAACUGAUAUUUAUGUUUGAGGCCAUAAAACUGUCUCUGACCUGACCAAACAGAAGUCAUCUUACAGGAUGAUAUGUUUGCUCUGUACAGAGAUCUAAUCAUCUUCAUAGCACCAGUGCAGUGAAGGGUCUUAAUUUGAGUGGAACAGGAAGCCCUUCCUGUUGAGGUGUUAGGAAGGAAAAUACUGCCAUCUGCUGGUCAGGAUUUGGAAAGCCAAAUGAAGCUGCCGCAGGGUUUCUUACCAGUCCUUUGGGAAAAAAAGAGGGUACAGUGGUGUUUGUAGCAACCCUAGUUUCCAAAGAAUGAAAUUUUUAUCUUACAUAACGUGUGUACUGGUUCUUUCUGAAGUGACAGUCAUGCUGUAUCUAGCUGUAACUACAAGUAUAAAUUCAGUAAUAGAGAAUGGGUUCUAGAGAGCUCUACUCUGUAGAAGCCCGUAUCUAAACAUUUUCACAACUCAGAUAUGGAGUUAUUUUAAAGGAAAUAUGGUCAUGGGUGGUGUAAUCGGAAAGAUUAACCUAGCUUUCUGAAGUGUUCUGCAACAUCCCCACCUGCCAGUCCCCAUCACAGCGCAAAGCUGUGUUCAUUCUGGAUAAAACCUGCAGUUCCCAGUUGCCUGCAGCAAAGUUCAUCAGCCCUCCAAGGUAUUUAAUUGGUUGGAAAUUUUGUGGGGGAAAGAGGAACCAGAAUUAGGGAAAUGAUUAUCUCUUUGUUCUCAGUUUAGCCUCUGAGAAGGAGGAGAUAGAUACUUAACAACCUGUGGGGAAUGGCAUUCUUAAGUAUUUAGGUAAAAGUUCAGUGACUGUUCACUGGUUGAGGUAGACUUUCCACAUUUUACAAAAUUAAGUAUAAUGUUUUCUCUAUCUAAAGCUUAAAUUUUUCAUUUCAUUUUUAGUGUAAAGUCAAGUGAAAAUGUAAUAAACUUCUGUGACUACCAAAAAAAAAAAAAAAAAAAAAGAAA